GCUCCAUGGCGGAUGGUGAGGGUCCGGGGUAGCUCUCUGAAGCCUAAGAUGUGAUCCGUGAACACACGAGCCUGCAAACGGGAUUUCCUCCAAACGCGUAUAAAGCAUAUGCCCCGAUCGACCCCCGCGCGCUCGUCUUUCCUGCUGCUGUAUACCAAGAGAAUCAUGUUGCACGCCAAGCCCGGGUACAUCAAAGAGAAGGAGAUUUCCAAUGGCAGCACGCCAUCCGCCGAAAGCUUCCAGCUGAAGCCUCUGGGUCAGAAUCCCCUCGAUGGCCCAGAUGGCGACAUAUCCGAGGCCGAGAGGGUAGCAUUGGACAAACAUGUCUUGAGGAAGAUCGACGCAUGGAUCAUGCCAUGGUUCUGCCUCAUGUACCUGCUCUGCUUCCUCGACAGAACGAACAUUGGCAAUGCUAGGCUCACGGGAAUGGAGAAAGAUCUGGGAAUGGAAGGGCGUGAUUACAACACCGCAUUGACCGUCUUCUUCAUCGCAUACGCCGGCGCUGAACCCUUCACCAAUCUGCUCAUGAAGAAAGUUGGACCUCGGAUAUUCUUCACUUCGAUCGUAACAAGCUGGGGACUGUGUAUGAUGUGUACUGGAUUUGUCACUAGCUAUCAUGGGCUACUCGCGGCCAGAUGGUUCCUCGGCAUCACAGAAGCUGGACUUUACCCCGGUGUGCAAUAUUACCUGUCCUGCUGGUACAGGCGCUCUGAACUUGGUGUGAGACUGGCAACAUUCUUCGCGAUGGCAGCGCUUGCAGGAUCCUUUGGAGGCCUCUUAGCCGCAGCAAUAGCGAAUAUGCAUGGUAUAGGCGGCAAGCCUGGCUGGGCAUGGAUCUUCAUCCUCGAGGGUCUCGCAACUAUCGUCGCUGGUAUAUUUUGCUGGUGGAUGGUCUUCGACUGGCCUGCAACUGCUCGCUUCCUAACCCAUGAUGAGCGCCUUCGUGUUCGAUAUCGUCUUGCCUCUGACAACCAGGCCGGAUCCGGAGAACAAUUCGACAGACGCCACAUCUAUGCUGCUCUUCGAGACUGGAAGACAUGGGCACACUCUCUUCUAAACAUGGGCACAUUCAUGCCACUAUACGCCUUCAGUCUGUUCUUACCAACCAUUGUAGCAGGCAUGGGCUACGAAGGCACCCAUGCUCAGCUGUUGACCGUCCCUCCAUAUGCCGUGGCGGCAUGUCUGACCAUCUUCGUUGGUUGGCUGGCUGACCGAACAAAACAACGUGGCUUUUGUACCUUGGGAAUUUCUUGCCUCGCUGUCGCCGGUUUCAGCAUGCUCCUCGCAAGUGGCAAACCUCAUGUCCAGUAUGCGGCAACCUUCCUCGGCGCCAUGGGCAUCUAUCCUGCCCUGCCGAACAACAUCACUUGGGCCGCGAACAACACCGAAGGCACGUACAAACGAGGUGUCUUGAUUGGCAUCAUCGUCGGCAUGGGCAACAUCAAUGGCAUCGUGUCCUGCAAUAUUUACAUGAAAUCCGAGAAGCCUCGAUACCGGACUGGACACGCAGUCAUCAUUGCCUAUGUUGUAAUCUGCGAGCUUGUAGUAGCUUCCCUAACUCGCGCUAAGCUGGCACGAGAGAACAAGAAGCGGAGGUCUGGAGAAAGAGACAAUAUGCUCGAUGGCAUGACGGCGGAUCAGAUCGUUGUGCAAGGGGACAAGCGGCCUGACUUCAUCUAUACGCUGUGA